AUGGCCGAUAAGCCGCCAGAAGAAGGCUACAUAUCGGUGGUUGAUGAUGAACCGGAAAUAUUCGAGUUGCUGAAGUGGGAUUCGUCACAAACACACAAACAACAUGAGCAAAGGAGUUUGGAGAAAGCAAAAAGUCCUGAGAAAAAGCUUCCGAAGGCUAAAGAGGAUGUAGAUCCGUUUGAUUUGACUGAUCCCGCCUUUAUAGAGACGUAUCGUCUUUCUAAAGAUUUAGCGCGCGGCCUUUGUGAGGAGAUAAAACCUGUUAUGCCCGAUUCAACCAAAUCUAUAGAAUUUUCUGUCGAAUGUAAGGUAAUGGCAGCACUAUCAUUCUACGCAUCGGGGAAGUACCAAAAGUCUGUUGGUGGCAAAACGGACCCUAGUAUUACACAAUACUUUGUUUCUACCGCUGUCAUGCAGGUCACAGAAGCUAUGAACCAUCACAGUAUUGUAAAGAAAUAUAUUCAUUUCCCACAUCUAAGAAAUGAAAGAGAUAUCAUAAAAACUAGUUUUUACAUGAAGUAUGGUAUACCAAAUGUAGUGGGGUGCAUAGAUUGUACACAUGUACCAAUCGCCAGGCCCGAUGAAGACCAGAAAAGACAUUUCAACAAGUCCUAUCAUUCCAAGAAAGUACAGAUUAUAUGCGAUAGUGAUUUAAAUAUAUUAAGUGUGGAAGCAAAGCCUGGUGGUUCAUACUCACAUGAUACAAUAUUAAAUCAGCAUGCAGUCAGGAUAGACCUAGAGAGCCUCAAUAAUUCGGGAGAGCAGUGCUGGCUUAUUGGCAGUCCUCAUUACUCACAGAAGCCAUACCUCAUGACUCCAGUACCAAGAAUAACAAAGAAAUCACCCGUUUCCCCAGAAAAGUACUACACCAAUAUCCACACGCAGACGCACCUAGCAGUAACAGAGACCAUUAAGCACCUGAAGUCGAGAUGGAAAUGUCUGCAAGCUACCUGCAAUAAGCAGUUCGAUCCGCAGACUGUGUCAAUGCUGGUUGUCGCAUGCUGUGUCUUGCACAACAUCUGCAACAGGCGGGGCUUACCGGUCGUCCCAAUGACCCAAACAGAGGAGCGCUUGGAGGCGAUGAAGCAGAAAGUUGCCAACAGUCCAAUAUCAAGGAAGCAAGUGGAGGAUCCCAAUGGUGUACAAGCGAGGGCAAUGCUAGUGGACAGGCUGUGGAACGAAAGGCGGGUGCCGCCAGAGCCUUGCACCGGGCCCAAGAAGCGCCAGAAGAAGGAGAAACCGCUGGAGACCCAUCCUCCACCUCAGAUGAGUCAUCCGCAUCAAAUGAUGCAACAGCACAUGCAGCAUGAGGACCCUAACAAACGGCCAAGGAUUGUCAUGAACAACCCAACAUACAGCUUGGCCAUGGCACCUGGCUGGGGUCACUAUCCCCAGCAU